AACCAGAUUUUUUUCGAGAUCAACACCUAAAAUAUCGUCACAGUUUUUUCUUUGUUUUGUGUCUUGAACCAAAACGAACGGCAAGGUCGUCUUCAUCAUUAUAAAUCAUCAUAUCGUUUUCAUUCCCUAUGGUUGUUUGAUGUUAUGUGUGUGUGUUUGGUCAUCCAAUUUCAGCUUGAGUGUUUUUUUUUUGAAUCUUAAAUUCGGUUUGGCUUGAUUCAAUCCAAUCACCAAACGACAAGAUCAUCAUUGCCAUCAUAAAAGAAAAUGAUGCUGCCAUCAUCAUCAACAACGAUAUCAAAAACGGCUCGGCCUAGCCAAAGCCGUAAUCGUCACCAUCAAAAUGGUCAACAACAAAAUUACAAUCCAUCAUCAAAUAGUGCCAUCAUCAUUACAUCAUCAUCAUCAUCGACAUCAUCAUCAUCAUCAUUCACAUCGAGGCCAACCAAUUCUACCAUCAUUACAACACAAUCUGAUCACGACAUAAAUAGAAAAUCACUAUCACUAUCAUCAUCACCAAAUUGUCUACCAUCAUCAUCACCAUCAUUAAUGCCAUCCACAUAUAAAUCAAAAUUUUCGAUGAAUUCUAGAAAAUAUAUUUCAACAAAAUUGAAAUCAAAAAAAUCUUCAUCAACACAAUGGUCAUCACCAUUAUUAUUAUAUCAACAAUGGCAACAAAAACGAUCGAAAUCCAAUGCUAAUGUCAAUGAUCAUUUCAAUCCAUUUAUAUUAAAUCAUAGCCAUUUUAAUUAUUCAUUACAAAUUUUAUUUAUUUUAAUCACAAUUUUUAUUUCAUUGUCGAUUAUACCUGCACGGGUUACGGCACAAAACUCACAAACAAUAAGUACGGAUAAUUUUCUUCAUUGUCCCGAAGAUUGGAGACGUGAAGGAAUUUAUUGUUAUCGUUUUUUUAAUCUACGUCAUUCAUGGCGCAGAGCGGCACAGAUUUGUAGGCGAUAUGGCAGUGAAUUAGUGUUGAUCAGUGAUUUUACGCAGAACAACUUUACCGCUGCAUUAGCUGAAGCUAGUCUACGUGAGGCUGGCGAUGAUGGCCGUUCAUUUUGGAUCGGUUUUGAAUCAAUUGAUCAAUUAUCAACAAAUACAAUUGAAUCGGCAAGUGGACGUUUUGUUAGUAAAUAUGUCGGUUUUUGGGCUUAUGAUCAGCCGAAUGUUGAUGAUGGUCAAUGUAUACGGGCAACUGUCGUCGGCGAACAUACAUCGAAUGGUGAUACACCACAAAGUGUUUGGUCAUUAGCCGAAUGUGAAGAACUAUUGCCAUUUGUUUGUCAGAAAAUUACAUGUCCCACCGGUUCAUAUCAUUGUAGUAAUGGAAAAUGUAUAAACAAUGCUUGGAAAUGUGAUGGUGAUGAUGAUUGUGAAGAUCGUUCUGAUGAAAUGGACUGUCCACGAAAAUGUAAUUAUUAUCUACAAAGUUCUGGCGAUAAAGUUAUAUCACCAAAUUAUCCGAAUAAAUAUGAUCCGAAUAGUGAUUGUAAAUGGACAUUAGAAGGGCCAAUAGGAUCGGGAAUGAUUUUACAAUUCUCAGAAUUUGAUACGGAAAAUAAUUUCGAUCAGGUGCAAAUUCUAGUCGGUGGUCGUACUGAAGAAACAAGUACGACAUUGGCUACAUUAUCUGGCAUACAAAACAUAUCGGCCCGUGCAUUUACUACAGGCAGUAAUCUAAUGAUAAUCAAAUUUCGUUCAGAUGCUUCGGUAGAAAAACGAGGUUUUCGUGCUUCAUGGAAAACUGAACCAUUAAAAUGUGGCGGAGAAUUUACUGCACAAAACAAUGCUCAAUUCAUUAAUUCGCCACAAUAUCCAAGCUAUUAUCCUGGUGGUCUUGAAUGUGUUUACGCUAUUACAGCAAGUCAAGGCAAAACAAUUACAUUGGAAGUGACCGAAUUAGAUUUAGAACCGGAUACCGAUUUCCUACUCAUUCGUGAUGGUCUAUCAUCGAGAAGUGCUCCACUUGGUCGUUUUAGUGGUAAUAUGAGUACAGAGCUAAGUAAAUCACAUGAACGGUAUAUAGUUUCGACCGGAAAUUCUGUCUAUAUUUAUUUCCAUUCAAAUUUUGGCGUUCAUUCGCGAAAAGGAUUCUCAAUCCGUUAUAAAGCAGGCUGUGAAAUUAAUUUAUUUGCUGACAAAGGUGUAGUUACAUCACCGGCUUUUGGUGUGACAAAUUAUCCAACAAAUCAGAACUGUAUUUAUCAUAUUAGCAGAGAAAAACCGGCCGAAGGAUCUGUAUCGAUCGUUUUCAAUGAAUUUGGUGUUACAAAUGAAGAUAUUUUACAAAUAUAUGAUGGAUUAGAUUCAUCAACAGCAGUUCCAUUACAUCCAAGCCGUGGCUUUGGAACUAAAACUAAACCUACUGGCUUGACCUUAACUGCUUCAUCUGGUCGAAUGUUAUUGCUGUUCAAAACGAAUGCUAUGAAAGCUGCUCGAGGAUGGUCGGCAAAUUUUUCGGCAGAUUGUUCGCCAUUGAAAAUAGGAAGGAAUGCCAUUGCUUCGGAACGUGGAUCAAUGUUUGGAUCUAAAGUGACAUUCACCUGUCCGAUUGGUCAGGAAUUCAGCACAGGUGUUUUGAAAUUAGAAACUGAAUGUUUGAUGGGUGGAAAAUGGUCAUUGGAUACAAUACCAAAUUGUCAGGAAAGAUAUUGUGGACCUGUACCACAGAUUAAUAAUGGUUUUGCUGUUGAUGCUACGAAUGUUACCUAUCGCGGUAUUGCUAUCUAUCAAUGUUAUGCUGGUUUUGCUUUUCCAUCAAAUCAACGUACUGAAUCGAUUCGUUGUGGUGAAGAUGGAAAAUGGGGAAAGUUACCCAUUUGUUUAGCUUCAUCAUGUCCACCGAUAUCGGAAACACCUCAUGCUAUACAAACAAUAAUGGCUGGUUCAGUGAAUCGUAGCUAUGGAACAAUAAUAAGAUUUGAAUGUGAAAAUGGCUAUCAUCGUCGUGGUGUGCCAGUGGUUGUUUGUACAUCCAUUGGUCAAUGGUCUGGUUUACCACCAGUUUGUGAAAGAGCUAAAUGUCCAAUAUUACCAGAAAUCAAAAAUGGUUACCUUGCCACCAAUGAUGCUGAUCGAGAUUUUUACUUUGAAGAUGAAUCACGAGUUUUCUGUAAUCGAGGUUAUCGACUUGAAGGUUCCUCAAUUAUGAAAUGUUCAAGUAAUCAAUCAUUCACAGGAAUACCAACAUGUUUAGACAUUGAUGAAUGUUCGCCUGGAAACUCAGCAUGUGAUAUUUCUUCAACUAUUUGUACAAACACUGAUGGUGGAUUUUUCUGUAAAUGUAAACAAGGUUUUGAACCAAAUCUUAAUUGCCGUCCUGUAUCCGAUCUUGGCCUUACUACGGGUGCCAUUCCCGAUUCAUCCAUACGUGUAUCAAGCACUGAACCUGGAUAUAAAAAAUCGGACAUUCGAUUGGAUACGAUACCACGUGGUACACAUUUUGGUUGGUGUGGAGCAUCGCCAAGAAUAGGUGAAAAUUGGGUCCAAGUUGAUCUUAAAGCUCCGAUCGUGAUUCGUGGAUUACGUAUACAAUCUGUGCAAAGACUUGAUGGAUCACAAGCUUAUCCAAUCACUAUACGAUUACAAUAUGCCGAUGAUUUAACUGAUUUGUUUCGUGAUUAUUCAGACAUAUCAGGACGGCCAUUACAAUUCAGAUUAGCUCCCAAUGGAGGAUCCGGAUUAUCCAUUGUGAAUUUGCCGAUACCAUUAGAAGCAAGAUAUGUUCGUGUAUUGAUUAUCGAAUUUGCUGUUGCACCUUGUAUGCGUUUCGAACUUAUGGGUUGUACACGUCAAGAUUGUUUUGACAUCAAUGAAUGUCUUGAUCGUAAUGGUGGCUGUGAUCAACGAUGUGUCAAUUCACCUGGUGGUUCUACCUGCCAUUGUAAUGUUGGUUAUGAAUUAUAUACAUCGAAUGGAACGGCUGGCUAUUUUAUUCCAUCGACUGAAACCGGACUAAGAGAUGGUGAUAUUUAUCGUAUAAAUAAAACCUGUGUACCGAAGCAAUGUCCAAAUUUAUCGGCUCCUGAAAAUGGAAAAAUAUUAACUCUACAAGAAAAUUAUCAUUAUAAUGAUGUCAUUACAUUCAAUUGUGAUUUCGGAUAUGUACUACAAGGACAACGUUCACUGGUCUGUGGAUCGAAUGGACUUUGGAAUGGUACGACACCACAAUGUGUUUAUGCGCAAUGUCCCAUCAUAGCUGAUGAUCCAGCACAAGGAUUAAAACUACAAUAUGAAUCGACAUUGGAAAAUAACUUGAUUCCUUUCUUAAGUAUGGCCAAUGUUACCUGUCAAGAAGAUGGUCGUCCACAUAAAGGUACUGCAUAUGCAUAUUAUCGUCAAUGUAAUUAUGAUCCUAGAGAUGGGAAACCCGAUUUUUGGUUGUCUGGAGUAAUGCCUACUUGUCCAAAAAUCGAUUGUGGAAAACCACCUGAAUCGAAUGGAGCUUCAUAUGGUUAUUAUAUGGAUACACAUUUUAAGUCGAGUUUCUUUUUUGGCUGUGAAAAUACAUUUACAUUAGCCGGAAAAACAAGUCGCAAUGAUAAUGUAGUUCGGUGUUCGGAAAAAGGUUAUUGGGAUUUUGGCGACCUUCGUUGUGAAGGACCUGUUUGUACUGAUCCUGGACAUCCACCGGAUGGUCAACAAAUUGCAACCAGUUAUGAACAUAAUACUCAAGUUCGUUUUACUUGUGAUCGACCUGGUUAUGUUCCAUAUACAAAUGAUCCAAUAACAUGCGUGAAAAGUGCGGAUUGUCGAAUAAUUAAACCGAUUGGUCUUUCUACUGGUCUAAUACCGGAUUCAGCAAUCAAUGCAACCACACAACGUACCAAUUAUGAAGCAACAAAAGUUCGCCUCAAUUCAGCUACCGGUUGGUGUGGUCAACAUGAACCAUUCACUUAUGUUACGGUGGAUUUGAAAAAAGUUUACCGCAUCAAAGCUUUAUUAGUGAAAGGUGUUGUCACUAACGAUGUUGUUGGUCGACCUACUGAACUUCGAUUUUUCUAUAAAGUUCGUGAAGCUGAAAAUUUUGUCGUCUACUUUCCUAAUUUUAAUCUAACAUUAAAUGAAAUGGGUAAUUAUGGAGAAUUGAGUGUGAUUAAUCUGCCAGCUACGGUUGUUGCUCGUUACAUCAUACUUGGUAUUGUUGCUUAUCAUAAAAAUCCUUGCUUGAAAUUCGAAUUGCUUGGUUGUGAAGACAAAAAAGAUGAUAUUCUACUUGGUUACGAUAAUGGACAUCCAUUUUGCGUAGAUAAAGAACCACCUCGUUUCCAGAAUUGUCCUACAGCUCCAAUUGUUGUCAAUCGUGGUCCAGCCGGCAUUAUGCCUGUUAAUUAUACAAUUCCAACUGCAACGGAUAAUUCGGGAUUCGUAGCUAGAGUUGAAGUUUUACCCAUUGGUUUUAAACCACCAAUGGUCGUAUUGGAAGAUACUCGUGUAGAAUAUCGAGCCUAUGAUACGGAUGGAAAUGUGGCCAUUUGUCAGGUAAACAUUACUGUACAAGAAACAACACCACCGAUGCUUCACUGUCCCCAAUCAUACGUAAUUGAAUUGGUGGAAGAACAGGAAUCUUAUGAAAUAAAUUUUAAUCAAACACGUCGAUUAAUUAAUGCAACCGAUGAAUCUGGAGAAGUUCAAAUCACUUUGAUUCCUGAAAUGGAUUUCAUACCGGUGAAAGGAUAUCGAAAUGUUACAGUUCUUGCAACUGAUCGAUUUGGAAAUGAAGCCGUUUGUCAUUUCCAGGUAUCAGUUCAACCAGCCAUUUGUGUUCCAUGGUCAUUGACCAAACCAGCCAAUGGUGAAAUUAUGUGUCGUCGUACCGAUUCAGGCUAUAAAUGUGCAUCAAGAUGUCUGGAAGGAUAUCGUUUUAUUGAUGGUGAUUCAUUGAAAAUCUAUGAAUGUUCAGAAAGCAGCCACUGGCAACCUAACAAUAUGGUGCCGGAUUGCGUUCCCGAACCAGAGUCUGAAAUGGAUGAUUCUAGCUAUGAUGUUAUGGCUAACAUUGAAUAUCGAAGUGGAGGAUUUGCUCCACCAUCAUGCAUGUCAGCAUAUGUUAAUUAUGUUUCAAGUUACUAUGAUAAUCUUAAUCAUUUGCUUUCACAACGUUGUUCAGCAAUCAAUGUCGAUAUGGCUGUCCAUUUUUUCAACACGACCAUUUCGCUCAAACCAAAUACCAACGAAUUAUCGAUCAAAUAUGUGCUUCGAAUUCAACCGAAAUAUCGUCAAAAAACAUUGUACGAUUUAUGUGGUUCAACAUUGACGUUAAUUUUUGAUCUAAUGGUACCGAGUACCUAUGCUGUCAUCGAACCAUUGUUGAACAUUUCAACUCAACAAGUUGGUGGUUCCUGUCCAUCAUUGAUUGCUCUUCGUUCAACAGUUCAACGUGGUUUCACCUGUCGACCAGGCGAAAUUCUUAGUCCAUUAAAUGCCACAGAAGAUAAAAGUGGAAAUAAAAUUCCUCGGUGUUUACAAUGUUCGGCCGGUACUUAUGCUUCUAGCAGCGCAAAUCUUUGUUUACCUUGUCCAUUAGGCUGGUAUCAAGAUAUGCUUCGCCAGCCAUCAUGUCGUCAAUGUCCGGAAGGAACCUAUACAAAAUCCGAAGGAAGUAAAAGUGUUGCUGAAUGCAUUCCAGUCUGUGGUCAUGGUACAUAUUCACCAACUGGCAUGGUACCUUGUUUGCAAUGUCCAAUGAACACAUUUUCCGGUACACCACCGAAAGAAGGUUUCAAAGAAUGUCAAAAAUGCGUAGCCAAUACAUUUACCUAUGGACCGGGUGCUCAAUCGAUUAAUGAAUGUAAAGUCAAAUGUCCACCGGGACAUUAUUCGGAAACUGGACUAGAACCAUGUGCUCCAUGUCCGGUCAAUUAUUAUCAGGAAAAAGAAGGACAAACAAAAUGUAUUGAAUGUCGAUUACGUGAGCGAACAUUACGUCCAGGUGAACGCAAGAAAGAAGCCUGUGUUCAGGGUCAAUGUUCAUCGAUUCAAUGUCAAAAUGGUGGCCUUUGUAUUGUAAAUAAGCAUGAACCAUAUUGUUAUUGCCCUGCUGGAUUUACUGGACAAUCUUGCGAAAUCGAUAUUGAUGAAUGUCAGUCGGAACCUUGUUACAAUGGUGGUACUUGCAUCGAUCAUCCACAAAGUUAUAGUUGUCGUUGUCCACCUGGAUUUUCCGGUCUACAAUGUCAAAUUGAACAAGAGGAAUGUCUGCCGGAUAGUUGUCCAGAAAAAGCCAUGUGUCAAAAUCUUCCAGGUAUCGACAAUAUCAAUUGUCUUUGUCGAACUGGUUAUGAAGGUCAUAAUUGUAAUAUUACUGUCAAUCCUUGUUCGAACAAUCCAUCACCUUGUGAGAAUGAUGCCAUUUGCAUUCCAUUGUUACAGGGACGUUAUCAUUGUCGAUGUCCAGCUGGUUGGACUGGAUUGCAUUGUCAAACGAAUAUUGAUGAUUGUGCUGACGAUCCAUGUUUGCUUGGCGCUCAAUGUACUGAUCUUGUCAAUGAUUUCAAGUGUGAUUGUCCUCCUGGAUUCACAGGAAAACGAUGUGAAGAGAAAAUUGAUUUAUGUGCCACAAAUCCUUGUGUGCAUGGUCUAUGCGUUGAUCGACUUUUCUAUCAUGAAUGUGUUUGUGAACCUGGUUGGAAUGGUACACGUUGUGAAAUCAAUAUCAAUGAAUGUGCUUCAUCACCAUGUGAAAACGAUGCCGAAUGUGUGGAUCUAAUUGAUGGCUAUCGAUGUGUUUGCGAUCCGAAUUCAUUCACCGGAUCUAGAUGUCAACAUGAAAUCGAUGCUUGUGAAUCGAGUCCUUGCCAGAAUGGUGGAACAUGUCUUGAUCAAUCGAUGGGAUUUAGAUGUCAAUGUAAACCUGGAUUUGUUGGUCUUCAAUGUGAAGCUGAAGUUGAUGAAUGUGUUUCUAAUCCAUGUUCUCCGCUUGGAACUGAACGUUGUAUUGAUCUGGAUAAUGCAUUCAAAUGUCAAUGCCAUGAAGGAUUCGGUGGUGAACUUUGUGAAUCAAAUAUAGAUGAAUGUUCAUCAUCACCUUGUUUCAAUGGAGGAACUUGUGUAGACCAAAUUAAUAGUUAUCGAUGUAAUUGUCCGCUGGGAUGGAAUGGACCUCGAUGUGAAAAAGAUGUUGGAAUGUGCGAUUCAUCGCCAUGUCACAAUAACGCUCGAUGUGUUGAUUUAUUCCAGGAUUAUUUCUGUGUUUGUCCAUCUGGUACAGAUGGAAAACGAUGUCAAACAGCUCCACAACGAUGCAUCGGUAAUCCAUGUCAGAAUCAUGGCAUGUGUCAGGAUUAUGGUUCCGGGCUCAAUUGCUCAUGUCCGUCAAAAUUCACCGGAGUAGGAUGUCAGUAUGAAUUUCAUGUUUGUGAUGAAAAACGAUGCCAGAAUGGUGCAACUUGUCAAGACAAUUACGACGGUACUUAUGACUGUAUUUGUCCACCCGGUUUUACUGGACAAAAUUGUGAAGAAGAUAUUAUUGAUUGUCUACCAACAUCAUGUCCACCUUCAGCAACCUGUAUUGAUUUGACCAAUGGUUUCUAUUGUAAAUGUCCUUUCAAUAUGACUGGUGAAGAUUGCCGUAAACCAAUCAAUAUUGAAUAUGAUCUCUUUUUCAAUGAUCGUUCGCGUUCAUCAAAUGCAGCAUUGACCAUACCAUUUAUGCUUGAAGAAUCAAAUAGUUUCACCAUUGCUCUCUGGGUACAAUUCAUCCCAGAAACAAUUGGAACUUAUUUUACUUUGUAUGAAGUUGAUUCGCCCUAUGUUAUAAGCAAAACUCAAAGACCAUUAGUGCAGGCAAAUCAUCUCGGUGUUUUAAUCUCUUUGUUCAAUGAUAAUGGUUCCAAUUCGAAACGAACACCUGAUAUUUUCAUGCCUUACUUGGAGAACGUGCCAAUCAAUGAUGGCCAAUGGCAUUACAUCAAUAUCAUUUGGGAUGGCCGAGACGGUACACUGAUGCUUGUCACCGAUACUGCCUUAGCUAAUACUGUUCAAGAUUAUGGUACAGGUGGUCGAUUACCAGCGUUUGGCUGGAUAGUGUUGGGUACACCGGUUGAAAAUUCUGUCACACAUCUUGGAGAAGGUUUCCAUGGUCGUUUAUCACGCGUAAACAUCUGGAAUAGACCAUUGGAUAUGUCUGUUGAAAUUCCAUCGCAAAUACGAAGUUGUAAAAAUUCUCCGGUGAUUUAUAGUGGAUUAUUACUUCGUUGGACUGGUUAUGAUACCGUACUCGGAACCGUCGAACGUAUUGGUCCAGGAAAAUGUGGUGAACGUUUCUGUCCUAACGGCUAUACCGGUGAUGAUUGUCGAAUUCUUCAACAGGAUAAAAUACCACCACAAGUUCUUCAUUGUCCACCUGAUAUGUGGGUUAUUUCAGCAAACACUUCAACCAUCGUACAUUGGGAUGAGCCACAAUUCAUCGAUGAUUUAAGAAAUACUCAAGUAAUGGAGGUGCAAAAAAUCAAACCAGGAGAAUCGUUGAAAAAAGGAAUCUAUGAUUUAACCUAUGUGGCGUUGGAUGAAGUUGGAAAUACAGCUCGUUGUGAUUUCCAGAUACAUGUAUUACGAGAAUUUUGUAAGAUUCCUGAUCCACCAACCAAUGGUCAACGAGAUUGUUCGGAUUGGGGUCCGGGUGGACGAUUCAAAGUUUGCCAAAUUAAAUGUAAUCCUGGAUUACAUUUCUCCGAACCGGUUCCGAAUUUCUAUGUUUGCGGUGCCGAAGGCUUUUGGCGGCCAAAAUCCUCUGAUCAAAAUCUAGAAUCCCCACUAGUCUUUCCAGCCUGUUCACCUAAAUAUUCGGCUCAACGUAUUUUCCGAAUGGUCAUGAAUUUCCCGUCAUCAGUUGUUUGUUCCGAAUCUGGGAAGAAAAUUUUAACAUCUCGUGCUCAUGAUAGUAUUCUUCGUGUGGAUAGAGCUUGGAAAAUCUGUUCGGAUAAUGUUCGUGGAAGCUGUAAAGGUUUGGCCAUAAACGUUAAAUGUAUCAAAGGUGUGCAAAUCAAUACGAAUCGAAUUAAACGACAGACUGCUCGUUCAUUGUCAGAAAAUUCUGAAGAAGAAAACCAACAAGAUAUCUACAGCCUUGAAGUCAGUUUCCCAGCUAAUAAUGAUCCAAUUGUUGCAUCAUCAUCCACAAAUUCAAUAAAUGGUCAAGAUAAAGAUACAAUGGAAGCAAUCAUACGUCGAGCGGUUGUUGAAUCAGCGAUUUUUGAUGUUCGUGAUACAUUGCCCAAUGUUGCAGCUGAUUUGACUAGUCUGGAACUUAUUACUGAAUAUGCUUGUCCACCGGGUCAAGUUGUAAUUGGUAAUAGCUGUGUUGAAUGUGGUUUGGGAACCUUUUUCGAUGAUCAAACAGGUCGUUGUGUAAAAUGCCCGGUUGGUUCGUAUCAAGAAGAAUUAGGGCAACUUCACUGUAAGAACUGUCCAGUGAUUGGUCAACGACAAGGUGUAACAAUCAUUAAAGGCGCACGUCAUCCUUCAGAAUGUCGAGAAAGUUGUUCACCCGGCUUAUAUUAUGAUAUGGAAACAUCAACUUGUAGACCAUGUGGUUAUGGUUUCUAUCAACCAGCUGAAGGUUCAUUCACUUGUAUUCCAUGUGGACCAGGUUUAACUACCCGCAGUUCGGAAGCUAUUUCGCAAAAAGAAUGUAGACCUGAAUGUAUGGCCGGAUUUCAAUUAUCAUCCACUGGAAAUUGUGAAGCAUGUCCAUUGGGAUAUUAUAGGACCAGAGGGCAGCCAUCUUGUGAGCCAUGUCCUGCUGGCUAUACAACCGGAUCUAUUGCAGCCAUCAAUAUUGGCCAAUGUAAUCUUGAAAUCUGUGCUGUUGGUCACUUUUUGAAUGUGACCACUGAGGAAUGUCAGCAGUGUCCGAAAGGCACUUACCAAGAUGUUGAACAGCGAGAUACGUCAUGUCAAUCAUGUCCACCGAAUUCAACAACAAGUUCGAUUGGAUCAACAAAUGCUGAUCAAUGUUCCAAUCCUUGUUUAAUCAAUGAUAAGAUUGAACUUUGCCCACAGAAUUCACAAUGUGAAGCACCAUCCAUUGGUUCAGAAGAUUUCCGUUGUGUAUGUAAAGAUGGAUACAAAGAGGCCCCUCAUCCAGAUGGUAUUGCCACAACACCAAAUUCUCCAUAUUGUAUCGAUAUAUGUGAUGAUUAUUGUAUCAACGGUGGAAAAUGCGAUUGGAAAACAGGAAUGAAAAAACCACGUUGUGAAUGUUUGAUAAACUUUUAUGGCGAUCGUUGUGAACGUAAAUCAGAAUUAAUUUAUAUUGCUAGCGGUAUUGGUGCAGCCGUAUUUUUUAUCAUAUUCAUGGUAUUAUUGAUCUGGAUGAUCUGUGUUCGAACAGCAACAAGACCGAUAUCGAAAAAAUUAUCUAUGCACACGAUACCAGCCGAUUUUGGCCCGACAAAUGGUUCUCAGCAAAACUUUUAUUAUGGUGCACCUGCACCAUAUGCCGAAAGUAUCGCUCCAUCACAUCAUUCAACAUAUGCCCAUUAUUAUGACGAUGAAGAUGAUGGUUGGGAGAUGCCAAAUUUUUAUAAUGAAACAUAUAUGAAAGAAUCGUUGCAUAACAGUAAAUCAAAUAAUGGUACAUUACAGGGCAUUGCCAAUCCAUCUAUUUACAGUACUAACAAAGAAGAUCUCUAUGAUCGGCUACGUAAACAUCAAUAUAUGGGCAAAAAAGGAGAUUCUAAUAGCGAAAGUGAAGAUCCAGUCAAUUAAUCUCAAGAAAAUUCUAAAAUAAAAUCGAAUUGAUGGAAUUAUCGAUUUUUUUUUCUUUUCCCACAGUCUUUGUCCUUAUUUUCCAAUCUUUUUUUCAUUCGCCUUAAUUAGAACGUCAAUUCAUCAUCAUAAUCGUCAUCAUCAUCAUCA